GUUUUUCCUUUUUUUUUCUUCUUCUUUUCUUCACGCCAGAAAAAAAAGGUUUCCGUUCCCAUGCAACCACAAGAAAAUGAGACAAAGGCACUACCGUCACUGGCGAAUGUGAAGCUCGUUUUCACGCCUGGAGACCCACAUCCAACGGCCGCGACGACGCCUUCGACGAACAAAAUGAUCUUGGAUUACCUCCUGUAUCUGUCAAUCCAAUCCAGACUAAAACAAGCUCAAAUUGAAUUGCUGGAAUUAUCGAUUCCUUUACCCGAGGACAAGGACGAUUCCGUUUUUAUACGUCAACAACGAUGGCAAGAUACCGCCACCAAAGCGGAACAAGAUAAAAAUGCGGUGGAAUCCAUUGUAGCAGGUAUUUUAUCAGGUCAUCAGAACAAGAAACCAGGUUUCCAGGUCGAUUCCGAUUUUGCACAACGGUUGCAUCUUUGCCAACUUACCAACCUUGUUUUUGGUCGAUUCGAUGCUACCUCCACUGGCCAACACGUCAUUGCUCACAAGUCGGCCCGUCGACGAAGGCAUGAAACCUACAUGACCUCGGUCAUUGAAGAAGAUACCAAUGAAUCCACCCACAUCAAGCGACGACGCCAGUUGUAUUCACAAGCCAUUUUGCCUCCAUUCUGCAGACGCCAUCGCCGGCAAAAUUGUUACGGAUGUCGAGCCGAUUGCUCGUCAUCAUCGGCAUCCGAUUCAAAGCAAGCGGAUCAGGACACCUCGGAUAAAGGCAAGCAGUGUGCGUCGCCACCGCCUGCAGGUCUGAUUGAAGCGAUUCCGACGUUCUUAAAGACGAGUGCGGAUAUGCUACGGCGGGCGCUGGAAUCUGAGGAGGAGAAGGAUGUGAAACCAAUGAUCUUUGCAGGACAAAGAGUCAUGGGCGGUGGUAUGCCUCCUCGCUGGUACGAUCUGUUCUUGGAACUAUUGACCCAAGCUGCAAUUGAAAGUUACUUGUGCGAUACGCAAGCUGGCCUGGAGCCAAUUUUUGAGAUUUUCUCCUAUGGGGAUGUUGAAGACGAGGAUGAAACCGACGAAGCAGAGGAUCAUGAGGAAGAAGUGGCAGAGGAUCAGGAUGAUGGCGAGGAUCAUCACGACGUGGAGGACGACGACGACAUGGAUGAGGAAGACGAGUGGGGAGUGCAAGCGGCCGACCAUCAUUUGCUUUUCCCGAAAACCCGCACGAUGCAUCUAUUCAAGACCCAAGUCCGCGAACGAGAAAAAGAGUUUCUGAUUGUGGAAGGCGACAGUUUGGAAAAGCAUUAUGAGAAAUUGGCGCAAAAAUUCCCGCUGGAAACGUUUGAAAAAAAUAUGGGCGAGUUCAUUCAGAUGAUCUUACAAACCAUGGAAACACCUGCACUGGACAAGUACGAAAAUAGCGAGCGAAAUGACGCGAAUAACACACCGCACUCAAUUUCUCUUGAAACGGUAUCUUCACCACUGCCAUUGGUAUACAAGUACCCUGGUGAUGGCUCCUUACUGAUGCCGGAAAUUCCCGACGAAGAAGAUAAGGAUUCGGAUUCUCAUGGUGUGAAACGCCUUGCAGACGGUCCACUCACAAACAAUCCUCCCCCAAAACGCUCGCGAUAAUAUCCCUACACGCUUGUAUUUUCACGCAUGCAAACAAAAACUAAAAAAAAAAAAAAGAGGAGGACAGAUACAUUUCAUCACAUUUCCCUUUCCACAUCGCUCGUCCCUUGGCACGGCGUCACAUACCAUAAAAUUCCCCGCCCCUUAUUCCUUGUAAUUCUGAUUGUUACUGUUUAUGUUCAUUUUUUAUAUAGGGCCUUGUAUUAUGCCCGCCUCUUUCUAAUGUCAUAUAAACGCUUAUUAUUCCUAAUAUCCACUCUGUGAAAUAACGUGUCAGUCGGCUUACUGAGUGUAUUUUCGUGUUGUGGAAUUGAUUGACCUGUGCGACUGGCAAAUAUAAGGAUAGA